AUACAGUAUAAUUUUGACAUUAACUUAAGUUUUUAUUAUUGUAGAAUAUAUUAUUUGAAAAUAUGUCUGAAUAGAUUGACCAUGAUCAUUUAGUAAUUUAAUUAUCAUUAUAAUGUCAUUUAAUAAUUUUGUAAAUACCAUCAGAAACUAUGAGUUUAAAUACAUUCAAAUUGAUAUAAACAGUGAAUUUUGUCGGAGUAAAUGUGGAAUUUUAAGAGCUAUUCAAAUACUGUUUGGUUUGAUAUGUUUCCUAACAAUUUUGAUCACUUGUUAUAACAACUAUGAUCCGUACAGCGGGUCAUACAUGGGGUUUGUGGGAGGAAAGGCUGAAACGGCUUUCCUAUUGAUAUCAUGGUCUUCAUUAAUGUGGUCAUCGAUAACAAUGUUGUGCUAUAUAUUCUCAAUACAUUCGGCUAAUAAUAUACCAAAAACACCUUUUGAAAUCACAUUAAACUCAUUUUCAUUUUCAUUAUAUUUGUUAAUAUCAGUGAUAUUAUUGAUUGAAGUGUCCACAAGAAAUGCCGGUGAUAUCAAUGGUUUAGUAGAGCCGGGAUUUGUCGGUAAAAUAUUCGCUUCGAUAUUUGGAUUAAUCAAUACAAUUAUCUACGGCUUUAGUAUAUUUUAUUUUUAUAAGUUAUACAAAACACUUUUGGAUAAUAUUUAA